AUGGUCGAUCAAGAUCUGAAGGACGCGAUUCUCCGGUUGACGGACCUCAUUGCAAACCAGCAACAGCAUAUUGCAGCUCUUCAACAUGGUAACGCCAAUCUCGUUGGUAGCGAGAAGAUCAUCGAGUCACUCUCCUCUGGAAUCGAGGAAUUUCACUACGACCCAGACGGCGGUAUUUCCUUAGAUUCGUGGUACGCACGCACGGAGUGUCCUUACCAGCCGCAUAUCUGUACGAAAUGCAAACGAAAGGGCCACAAGGAAGGGUACUGCUCUUUAUCCGAAAAGAAGCCAUCAAAGCAAAUCGACAAGCCGAAACCUAAAGACAAUGAUAAGUCCAAGGGUAUUGCGGUUAAGAGAGUUGAUCUUAUAAAGAAGCGGAAGUAUAUAAAGAUUGCCAUCAACAGAUCAGCAGCAACGCUGCAACUCGAUUGUGCUUCCGACACUGCCAUCAUCUCCAAGCUCACUUGGAAAUCGAUAGUCGUGGUUCGCAAAUCCGAUGUCUCCGUACGCAUUUGUGGUGACUACUCAACCGGCCUCAAUGGCGCACUCGAGUCAGAUCGACAUCCACUGCCGCAUCCGGAUGAUAUUUUCGCUGAACUAGCCGGCUGCCGUUUUUUCUCCUGUAUCGAUUUUUCGGAUGCCUAUCUCCAAGUCGAAGUUGAAGAAGAAUCUCGAAAGCUGCUCACUAUAAACACGCACAAGGGUUUGUUCCAGUAUAAUAGAUUACCACCUGGUGUUAAAUCUGCGCCUGGAGCGUUUCAGAGAAUAGUCGAUAGUAUGGUUGCUGGAAUACCAUGUGUGAAGCCAUACCUGGACGGUAUAUUGAUCGCUGGAAGGACUCAGGAAGAACAUGAUUGCAGUUUAAACAGUAUUAAGUUUCUGAGUCAUAUUGUCGACCAACAUGGUCUCCGCCCAGACCCAGCCAAAACUGUUGCUAUUUCCGAAAUGUCACCACCAAGAACGGCUUAA